AUGGCUGCAAUUGAUAAUGUUGAUAGUGUUUUAUUGUUUUAUAAUGAAUAUGGGGUCGAUUGGAUAAAAAAUGCUAAGGUUAGCCCUGAUGCAUUUGUUCAGAUAGCAAUUCAACUUGCAUAUUAUAAAUGUUAUAGUGAGUCAUGUUCGACCUAUGAAACUGCUUCUACUAGAGGUUUUCUACAUGGUCGUCUUGAAACUCUGAGAACUUGCUCUGUAGACACCACUGCAUUUACCAAAGCUUUUUGUGAUCCAAACAUAGAACAAGAUGAAAUAAUUUCUCUACUUAUGAAGGCUAUUAAAUCACACACUAAAUAUAUAAUUUCUGCUAUUAAUGGUACUUACUUGGAUGCAUUUUUAAAUAUUCGAUCUUCUGGUGAUUUAUCUGUAUAUUUUCAUUUAUUAGGUCGUGGAGUAGAUUGUCACCUUUUAGGCCUUCAAUCCCAAAUCCGUGAUGGAGAAAAAUCUAGAGCAACAUUAUUUACUGAUCCUUCGUAUGCUCAAGCAAUGCACUUUAAACUUCGUACUUCAAAUUUGAGCCCUGGGUUGGGUUUUCAUACUGGAAUGGAAACUAUAGUUCCUGAUGCGUAUGCAAUUGCUUAUAUUAUCGAAAAUGAUAAAUUGAAAAUCGGUAUUAGUAGUAAUAAAAAAUGCAAAGAAACUGAUAGUAUCAUUUUUAGAAAAGCUUUAAAAGAAUCAUUAGAUGAUCUUAGAAAAAUUUUAUCAUAA